UAGAAAUAAAAGAACGCUAUAAAAGCACAACCCACUCCCUCCCUCCCUUCCCACCACAAACCCAAAUACAACCCUUCCAACCACAACCACCACCACAACCACAACCACCACCACAACCACAACCACAACCACAACCACAACCACAACCACAACCAUGCCCAUCACCGAACUCGCAACCCUCACCCUCGCACCAACCAUCUCCCCCAACAACCCAACCCUAAAAUCACACCUCCGCCGCGCUAAACACGCCAUGCAAUCCUACACAUCCCACCCCUUUUACUACUACACAUCACCACCAUCACCACCCUCACCACACCCACACGCACCACAACAACCCACACCAAAAAUCUACAUCCUCGGCCAAUGGGCCUCCCUAGCCCAGCACACCUCCGGCUUCAUCCCCUCGGCGCAAAACCAGGAACUACUCAGUCUCCUAGGCGAUUACAUGGCCGUCGAGUCGCUCGUGCAUAUCGAUGUACCGAGUGCUGUGCUGCCGCUGGGCGGGGAUGGGCUGGGUGUUGUGCGGAUGCGUGUUGGUGGGGAGGAGCGGUGUAGGGAGAGGGUUGUGGCGAGACUGGGGAGGAGGGAGGAUGUGGGUGUGGGUGCGGAGGGGAAGGUGGGUUUUGGGUGGACGGUUGAGGAUGGGGCGGAGCUUGUGGUUGUGUCGAGCUGGGCGACGGGCGGGAGUAGUACCAUGGAUAUUACGUGGCGGGUUGUAUUUGGUAGCAGGUCAAUAUUGAACGUACGAUAACACGGGUCUUAACUGAACAGACGAAACAAGGCAGUACGUUCGUAGUCUCCACAUCGUAGCGAUUUCCCCCCCCCCCCAAAAAAUAUACAGUGCAUCUUUGCGCCUGGUUCCAACAC